UCCUUUCUGCAGAAAUAAAGCCUGUCAGGGCAUCCUCUGGCUAGGCUCACUAUCUGAGCAGCAGCCCAGGAGGAGAGAAAACUACAGGAUUUCUUGUUUAGGAAAUAAAUGUGAGAUAACUUGUAGCAUUUACAAAUCAUCAGAAUGAAAGAGAUCAUUUUCUUGUUGCUCCUGUUGCACUUACAGAGGGGCAGCACUGGAUUCAGCAGUCUAGGAAAGCUCUGGACCACAGGACAAGGCGAUGAAAGCCAGACAAGUCACUCAGACUCGACUCCAUCUCUGACCACGAUUAGGGGGUCACUCCACUCUGAAAUUCAAGCUGCCAAAGCAAGUGCCUCACAGGGACCUCCUAUUGCAUCUGCAGGCGAGACACUGGGAAUGACAGCAGUGAAGAAAACUCCAAGUCCUACAAUCUCUACCCCUGCAAGCCAGUCAAAUGGACACAGUGAUGGUGACUCUGGCAGAGACAAGAGAGGAAGCUCGUCUCGCAGCAAAGGGACCCUACAAAGCACUGCUGGAGAGAUCCCUCUGCUUCAAGGGGCCACUACAAGCCUGGAUACAGCUACAGGGAAUGGGUCUGUCAAGCAGUCCUCUCGCAGCAUUGGGAUCACCAGGAGCCAGCAGGAUGCCAACUCCAAAGCAUCCGGCUUUGAAAGUACCAGGGGAAAAAACUGGUGUGCUUACGUCCAUACCAGACUCAUUCCUACAGUUGUGGUGGAUAACCUAGAAACCUUCUCAUCAGGCAGAGCAAAGCCUUGCACUUGGCAAAUUGGAUCCUGUGCUCAGAGGUCCCAGACAACAACACACCAGGCUUACAGAAUCAAACAUAAAAUAGUGACAUCACUGGAAUGGAAGUGCUGUCCUGGGUACAGUGGGCAAAACUGCCAACCCAAAGCUCAAGAACAGCAGUCAGUUGUACACAGCACCCAGGCUGAAAGCAGCAGAACUGUCGGUGAGAGGACACCAGGAGCUCUGCAGGACCCCAGUGGGCCAGCACUUUUUCAAAAAAUGAAUGAGAAGAUUAACAGUCAGGAGAUGAAACUGACUUUUCUACAGAAGAAGGUUGACAGCAUUGCUGCUGCGAUGAAUGAUGUGAGCAAGAUGCUUUCUUCUCUGGAAGGCAAAAUCAAUGAAGAUAAGGGCAGAGACUUCCAGUCUUUUCUAAAAGGUCUCAAAUCCAGAAGUAUCAAUGACUUAAUCAAAGAAGUGGUUGGAGAACACUUUCAAGUAUUUCAAGGUGAAAUGCAAGAGAGCAUGGCUCAAAUUUUCAAAACUAUGUCGAGCAUGUCAGGUGACCUUGAAAAUACAAAAGAACUAGUCAAGCAUCUGAAUGAAACCCAAAAUAAAUUUGCUCAGGAGAAAGAUAGUGGGUCAAUAGAGCUUGACAUCCUGGAGCUGAAGAGUCAUAUGGUUCAGAUGAGAGAGGAAAUGGCCCUCACUUGUGAGAAGCCUAUGAAAGCUUUACAAGAAAAGCAGAAGUCCUUGGAAGUUAACUUGGAACACCAACAGUCAAGAAGUGUAAUUUAUUAUGAAUCUUUAAAUAAGACCCUCUCUGAAAUGAGAGAUGCUCAUGAACAACUGUUAUCAGCUGAACAGUUUUCAAGACAAAACCUCCCCUCUGCAGAUCAGGUCAUGGAGUACAAUGUUACAGAGUACAUGAUCACACUGCAUGAGAAAGUGAAGAGACAAGGCAUGAUGGUGCUGGAGAUCUAUGAUGACUUAAGAGUGCAAGAUAGCAAGAUCAGCAAUCUCAGUCUUGCGCUGGAAAUUCAGAGAGACUCUGUUCUGGGGGUCUGUGAUGACAUGUUGUCAGAGAGCAGGACAGAUUUCCAAGCACAGCUGGCAGCAGUUCAAGAGAGUGUGAGUGCUCUAAACAAGAGUCUCUCCGAUAUGUUCCUUCCAUUGGGCAAUAAGAUGGACAGAAUGAAUGAGCAAAUUAAUGACUUGUGCUAUGAUAUGGAGAUCCUGCAACCCUUGAUUGAACAAGGGGUACCUUUUAGUCUUACUUCAGACUAUGAGCAACAAAUCCAAGCUAAAGAAUGGAAAGAGAAACUUGAAAAUCUCACUGUUGUCAUUGACGGGAUGAGUUCUGCAAUGAAGGAACUUUCCAAAACUCAGGAAGGACUUAAAAAUGAAUCUCAGGCUUACCAGGAACUGUUUCAGAGUCGUGUUAAUGAAUGCUUCAUGGAAAUAGAAGAUGGAUUAAACAAGACCAUGAUAGUAGUAAACAGUGCUGUCGAUUCUAUUCAAGAUAAUUAUGUACUGAAAGACAUGCUACAUGCUCUAAGAAACAAGACUGACAUUUGCUGUGGCAGAGCUGAGGAACUGGACAGCCUCCUGGCUUUUAUUCCCCAGUUCCAACAGUUGAAUGAAUCCCUCCAGUCACUGCUUUAUAACAAGAGAUACGAAAUUACUUCACAGGUAGCGCCAUCUCUUGCUGAUCUUCCCUACAAGGAGUCUGACAGAAGUAUCCUUCACAAUUUCAGUAGAGUUUUCCAUAUUUUAAAUGAUACAUCAUCAAAAGUGGAAAAGCGGCAACAAGAUAUCAGCCGCCUGGAAGAAAAACUACUUGACUUUGUGGAGGGUUCAAAGGACCAUGAGGUUCGCCUUCUGAAUGUAGAAUCAAAAAUUUCCAAGUUUUUGGCAGACAACUGUCUCUCACAAAAAAAAACCAAAGCUGCCUUGACAGAGAAAGAGCAGGUGAUCUCACUUCAGCUCCAGGCACUGAGUUCCAGGAUCAAGGCCCUGGAAGCCAAGUCCAUCCGUUUCUCGAACGUCAUUCCACUCGUGAACAAGACUGCUCAUGAGGCCUGGGGGCUGUGCCAGGCCACCAACAACAGCAUCCAGAAAGUGAACGCAAGUAUACCUGUGCUAAUUAAAUUGGCUCAGCCAGAUAUCCCCCUGCUGCACAGGGGCCUCAAGGAGCUCGUUGAAUCGGUGCUUGAAGUAAAAGCAGGAACUAUUUUGACAAAUUUAACCCAGCAUGUUGACAUGUCCAUGGUAAAUGCAAUGAACAACAUCACCAAACUUCAGAAGCAGCCAAAACCAGUUAUAAAAAAGCCCUCCCCAGCAAAAAAAGUGGGAGGAAAUGUCAAUAUGAGCCUGGCAAGCCGAAGCCAGAGAAACACGGAUAAUGCAAUAAAUCCAGGGCAGUUUUCAGCAUGUGCUAGCUCCCCGUGCCAGAAUGGAGGAACCUGUGUCAAUGACAGACAGAGUUUUGUCUGUGCCUGUCGCCACCCCUUUGGAGGAGCCAACUGCAGUGUGAAGCUGGUGAAGGACAACUCCCUGAGUGUUGAUUUUUCAAAAGGAUCAUACAGAUAUGCACCUAUGGUGGCUUUUUUUGCUUCUCAUACAUAUGGAAUGACAACUCCAGGACCCAUCAGAUUUAACAAUCUGGACGUCAACUACGGCGCCUCAUUUGCCCCAGCAACUGGCAAGUUCCAUGUUCCAUACCUGGGGGUCUAUGUUUUUGAAUAUACCAUUGAAUCAUUCAGCCCACGUGCCUCUGGCUAUCUGGUCAUUGAUGGAAUAGACAAACUCACCUUUCAGGCUGAAAAUAUUAAUAACAGCAAGUACACGGACAGAGUAAUUACUGGAAAUGCUUUAUUAGAGUUAAACUACGGUCAGGAAGUCUGGCUCAGGCUGGCAACUGGCUCUAUACCAGCCAAGUAUCCACCUGUAACUACAUUCAGUGGUUACUUGUUGUACCGUACCUAAGUCAGUCCUAAAUGUGAGCUGUUAGUUAGAUGGAGCAGCCUGCAGAUGAAUUUAGCUUUGCAUUUAAAUACUUUGCUUCUUUAAGGGCACUAAGCUUCCCAAUGUAAUGGCUGAUCCUCCAAGAUGUUCUUUGGUUGUAGCCAUGCGCACAACCCCAAGGAGUCCACAGGUUGGAGAUGGGGGAAAACAAAGCAUCUUCCUCAUGUUAAUAUGACUGGGAAGCACAAAUCUAAUGCUGUUCUGCUGCUACAUUGCAUAAACAUACUUAGAAGAGACUGCUGAGAAUCACUUCUCAAGAGAAAGCUCAAUUUGAUCAUUCCUUUACACCCUGACUGCAAAUCAAAAGUGAUGGAUAGAUUUUGAUGACUUAGAUGCUGGAUUACUACCUAGCUCACUGUAUCAAUUGAUAGUCGUGUGUAUAUAUUCUAUUUGGAAAAAGUAUAUUUCUUUUUCAUUUUGCCUACCAUUAUUCACUGCAUACUUUGAUAUGGCAGUAUUUAAUGUAUUCAUGAUUUUUUUAAUGUAACCAAUAUGGUGAUAGACUGGGGUUUUUUUUGAAUGUGGAAGAAAAAAAACCCCUGGAGGAAUACUUUCAGCUUAGAAAUGAGGCAUUUUUAGCAUUUAAAUUAGUCAUAGAAUAACCACCAUAAUGGAUUUGGUGGAUUCUCUCUGCUGCUUGAAAUGUUUAAACCACAGCUGGAUACUGCUUGGGUGAUAUGUUUUAAGAAAACAUUGUUAUAUUGCCUUCACACAGAUUUUAGCCUUUGACCUAUAAAGUACACAAGAUUAAAUUAUAUAACCAAAGUAUUUUCUGAGUUUGAGUUCUAUAAAUCUAUUAUAUUGUUUGUUUCUGCAUUAUAUUCGCUAACUUCUGAGGCAAGAUGACAUGAACUUCAGUCUGCGUGUGAUUUUUCAAGCACAAAUCUAAUAAAGAAAUAUUUUUAAUUGA